AUGUCCGGUAUCUCUUCCACGCCUGUCACCCUACAUUCCGAUGGCGCGAAGCACGAGACCGUCACCUCGUCACCCCCAAGAUCGACAGCUCCUUUAAUCUCACGGAACAACACGCGCACUUUGCCUCUGCACCGUCGGGCCAACACAGAAUACAUUGCCCAACCCCCACUCUUUGAAGAGGGCUUAGAAGACACGAUAUCAGACCGCCCGAGAAAUACCCCUUGGAACGACACCUUCCCCAAGAAGAAGUUCGAAGCCAGAGCCAGAGUCCUGUCUGACUGGUUCCAGGGCAAAUCAGACCCUGUGGAUUUGGGAGUCAAGAUGGGCCCAAACGGUGCUUUAGAAGGCGCGGGGAUGGAUGUCCGUCCGGCUUCAACAUGCAUGACACAUUCGCGAAAGAACUCAGCCCCAGUAACGAGUCGGUUCAACUUCUUCGGCUUACGGCGACAAGAGAACAAACCUACUUUCCCUGAACCUGCAGACGACGAGUUCCUCAAUCUGGACAUUACCGCAGCCCUAUCAUUAUCCAACUCGGAUGCUACCGACAACGAGGCACUGGAUGCCCUAAGAGACCAUGCCGACCAGGUACUUCGACGAAUGCAAGAGGCCUACAAGCAGCGCACAUUUGCCAUGCACCAGGCACUGGCAGAUAAGAAUGAAAAGCAAGAGGAGUUGGAGGAGACACGCGCCAGAGUCGAUCAUCUAAAGAUCCAGCUCGACGGCAUGGCGGUCAAGGUGCUUGACCAGGAGAAAGCCAUGCAGGCCAUGGCCGACGAGCUGGAGCAAGAGAGAAACCUGCGCAAGGAGGAAUCACGAAGCCGCAGUCUAACUAUGCGCGCGGUACACGAGGAUGACGAUGUCCCGUCCGUGGCGCUCCAAACUCCCCGUCGCGGUGGCAAGCGUGCAAGUCAUAGCACCUUCACUAGCGACUCUGGGUUCGAGUCUGGCGACGAGAGUGUUGCCGAUAGCGUCUUCUCCCAGCGUGAAGGUGUUGAGUCUCCAACCUCGACCCUCGCAGCACCAUCCCCCAAUAUGUCUCAGAUCGCCUUGUCUACGCCGACUGGUCCAACUCCCACCCCCACAAUCCAGAAGAACCUGGUCGCGGCCACUAGUGCACCGCCCCCUGCUCGUUCCUCGGCGUAUGAUCGCGUUUUGAAGGGACUUGCUUCUACGCGUUUAGGUAGCUCUUUCGGUGGUACCUCUUCGAAUUGCAGCAACUGCCAUGGUGUACCAGCCUCAGAGGCUUGGAGUGUUAUGGGCGUUUUGAAAGACGAGAAUCGGGGUCUCAAAACUCGUUUGGGCGAGCUCGAGGUGGUCAUUGAUGACUGUCUGGGUCUUGUUGGCCCUUGA